AUGACGAAGCUCUCCAACUCGCAGCGCGGGAGCCCCGAACUGCACGAGUCCGGCGGCGUCGGGCAGACAACGUCGGCUCCGCACAGCGACGACGAUCACUACGACACCUUCGAGAUCCACCCUGGUAAGAGCCUGCAGCCGAGCGUCGGCGCCAACACCAACGCCACUCGCGCCGACGUGCAGAAGGAAGAGUAA